UCGACGCCGACUCAGAGAGCGUGUGUUGGCGUGUCCAAAGGCGUCCUCGGGUGGCCCUCGGGACAAGAGACACUCCUUCUCAGAGCCUCACUCCAGUCCACGACGAGGAUUCGGCACGCAGGAUUUUUUAGAACGCGCGCGGCGCUCGAUCGACCAAGGGGCGACGGGCAGCGACGACUACGGCCACCAUGCGGGAGAACAGGCUGAUCCUCGUGGCCGCUUUCUUGCUGCUGCAAAGCGGUCUGGAGCCGGCGACAGCAUUGAACAACCAUGAAAGCACGCCCGGGCAGUUCCUGACCGAGGAGGCGUCCAUGCCCUACCAGUUCUCGUACUUCGCCGGCGGGCACGACGGCAGCCACUCGCGCCACGAGACACGAGACGCCAACGGCCGUGUCUCGGGUCACUACACGCUGACCACGGAUGAAGGGUCCCAGCGGGUCGUCUGCUACGUGGCCGACGAGCACGGGUUCCGGGCAUGGGUCGACACCAACGAGCAGGGCACCGACAACCAGGACCCCGCCGACGUCAGCGUCCGCUCCACGGCACCCGGCACGGCGGGAGUACCUCGCGGACCGAUCAAGGGUGUCUGCGGCAGCCCACCGCCACCGGCGGGUCCUCCGGCCCAGGCCCAGAUCGUGGUGACGUCGCCGCCCGUCGUCAUACCACCACCAGUGCGCAAACCGGCUUACGUGCCACCCCCGGCCGUGCAUCACGAGGAGGUCAUCGUGCCACCUCCAUCUGUAAAGGUGUAUCCUCCUCCUGUGCAGCAGGUCGUGGUGACGCCCCCAACGUACGUGCAACAACCACCCGCGCGAACCUACGUACGCAAGGUUGUCGUCAAGAAGCCCAUCCACAAUUAUGAACCUCCGGCCGAACCAGCAAAGACCUAUUAUGUUCCUCCCCCACAGCCAGCCAAGACCUACUACGUCCCCCCACCACAGCCGGCCAAGACGCACUACGUUCCACCUCCAUCCCCACCAAAAACCUACUACGUUCCAUCCGAGCCCGUAGUUGUGGAGCCUCCCCGUCGUCGUCCCCCGCCGACCCGACGCCUGUCGUACCAGCCGGCUCGGGAAGAAGUGCUGCCCCCGGCACGGCCAACCUACUACGACACUCCGCCGACGCCACCCCGACAGGUGCAGGAGGUGUACGUGCCAUCGAAACCCGCGUACCGCGGCUCUUCGUGCCCGGGAUACUGCGGACCGAAGGUGACAGCACGCGUCGUGUCGCGGCCGGAGCCUCCAUCCUACGUCAACACUCGCCAGGACGUCAGCUACUCGGUCAGGAGGGGACCCUACGUUGCGCCAAGGUACGAACCAUGGACCCAGCCAUCGUACAAGACGUACCGUGCUUACAACGAGCCGUCCGAGCCGUGGCGUCCCAAGGGUGACAUCCCCAUCGGCGUCUCGUACAAGAUGAGCAUUUCCCGCGGUCCCGGAGGCCCCUACCCGUGGCAGGACGAAGUGGUCAGCCGGCCCGGAUCCUACUACCGGCAUGCGCGGCCGUCGACACCAACCUCGGGAUCGCACUAUUACAGGCCCGCUGAAUCUGCGCCCGAGCCGGCCUACCCAUCCCGGUCCCAGGGAGGAUACGCCAAAAAUGACCUGCAAGACGACGACGACGACACCUACGACUUCAAGAGGCCCAGCUACGGCUAAGCGUUCCUAGGACACCCGGUGGCCCCGACUGAAGACUCGGCAAUGACAGGAUUUCUCGCGAACCAGGCAGCUAUACACCUACAUCGCUCGUCUUAUCUAUCUCAAACGUUUUGUGAAUAAAAGAAAACAAUGCUUCUAUGGUACUGGACCACCAUCUAGUGUAUACACAUGAAACGCUAAACGAUCGAGCGAUAGCCAAGGGUUUGGCAAAGUAUCAUUUAGCGAGGGACGAACACCGUGGCAAAACCGUUCACUAAAGGUAUGCUAGACAAAAGAAAAUUUUAGGGAAAUGUUUUUAAGUAAAUGUUUCUGAAACCAUC